UGCUGCCUGUUUUACAUAGGUUCUCACGCAAUCGCCAAAGCCACUAAAUACCUGAAGCCAGUCAAACACACCUAGCUCUGGACACAUAAGGUGUCUGUAGGUGUAGGGUUGUUUCCUCUGGUUCGUUUUGGGGGUGUUGUUUUUCUUCUUCAGUAGGGUUUUCUUUCUUUUAGGUGCGUUUUGUUUACUUUUUUUUCUUUUGUUAUUUUUUCCUGUGAACAACAUGACGGCAACUUUUGAUUAUUUGGUGAUUUUCUUUACUACGACGUCUGGUGCCAAUGGGGAUAAACUGGGAUCUGAUGAAAAGGAGUUAAUUCAUUUGGUGUGGCAAACUGUGGAUCUGGCGAACAAGAAGACGGGAAAAAUUCACGAAAUUCUCGUUAAACCCGAAAAUUUGGAACUGACCGAUGAAUGUAAAGAAGAGAGUGGAAUUGGAGAGGAGUCGGUUUCCACUGCACAGCCCUUAGAGCACGCCUUGAACCAGGUUAAUCAGCAUCUGUGUAAUGAAGUAAAUAUUGGCGUGAAGACAUUCUGUUUAUGCACUGAUGGCCAACUUCACAUCAGACAAGUCAUCCACCCAGAAGCAUCCAAUAAGAAUAUCUUGCUGCCUGAAUAUUUCUAUUCCUUUUUUGACCUUCGGAAAGAAUUCAAGAAAAAAUUCCCCACCUCGCCGGAUCUGAAGGAUUUAAACAUUCAAGUUAUGGCUGACUACUUAAAUGCAGAAGCCGAUUCGUCAUCUUACAGCCACACAGCUCACAGAGUUCAGACCAUGGCCAACGUUGUCCUGGCAUUAAUAUCGGAUCCGAAAAAUCACAAAUUCUCAGACCCAGAAAGAGUAAAUCAGAAAUUUGAAACCGGCACGUGCAGCAAGAUGGAGAGGGUGGAUGACAACACGGUGAUCCGAGCCCGUGGUCUGCCCUGGCAGUCGUCCGACCAGGACAUCGCCCGCUUCUUCCGGGGCCUCAACAUUGCCAAGGGGGGAGCCGCGCUCUGUCUGAACGCCCAAGGCAGGAGGAACGGGGAGGCCCUGGUGCGGUUCGUGAACGAGGAGCACCGCGAUCUGGCCCUGCAGCGACACAAGCACCACAUGGGGAGCCGAUACAUUGAGGUUUAUAAAGCAACAGGUGAAGAUUUCCUUAAAAUCGCUGGAGGGACCUCCAACGAAGUGGCCCAGUUUCUGUCCAGAGAGAGCCAAAUCAUCAUUCGCAUGCGCGGCCUGCCCUUCACCGCCACAGCCGAGGACGUCCUGCUGUUCUUUGGGCCGAACUGCCCAGUCACCGGGGGGAAAGAAGGGAUACUUUUUGUCAAAUACCCUGAUGGCCGGCCCACGGGGGAUGCUUUUGUGCUUUUUGCCUGUGAGGAAUACGCUCUGAACGCCCUGAGGAAACACAAGGACAUUCUGGGGAAACGUUACAUCGAGCUCUUCAAGAGCACAGCUGCUGAGGUGCAGCAGGUGUUGAACAGGUACACAUCUGCGCCCCUCAUUCCCAUAGCCCCCGCCCCCAUCAUUCCAGUCCUACCUCAGCCUCCGUUCGUCCCGCCCCCUGGCCUGCGGGACUGCGUGCGCCUCAGGGGGCUCCCUUACAUUGCCAGCAUCGAAGACAUCCUGGAGUUCCUGGGCGAGUUCACCGCCGACAUCAGGCCCCACGGCAUCCACAUGGUUUUAAACCAGCAGGGCCGGCCGUCUGGAGACUCCUUCAUACAGAUGAAGUCGCCGGAGAGGGCUUUCCUGGCAGCACAGAAGUGUCAUAAGAAAACCAUGAAGGACCGCUAUGUGGAAGUGUUUCAGUGUUCUGCGGAGGAGAUGAAUAUUGUAUUAAUGGGGGGCACGUUGAAUCGGAAUGGCCUGUCCCCGCCGCCAUGUAAGUUACGACGCCUGUCUCCUCCUGCCUACGCUUUUCCUGCCCCGCCCCCGGCAGUCAUCCCCGCGGAAGCCGCCACCCUCUAUCAGCCGCAGGUGGUCCUCAGUCCCCGAGCCCUGCAGCCCUCCACUCCUUUCUACCCCCCCAGCACUCAGCUCUUCCUGAACUACACCGCCUACUACCCCAGCCCCCCUGGGUCUCCCACAAGCCUCAACUUCUUCCCCCCCCCAGCCGCGGGGCCUGCAGUGGCAGCUCAGCCUGGGGCCAUGGUGAGGAUGCAGGGCCUCGCCUACAACACCGGUGUCAAGGAGAUCCUCAACUUCUUCCAGGGUUAUCAGUAUGCUUCAGAAGAUGGACUUGUACAUUCACAUGACCAAGCCAGGACACUACUCACACAUCCGAAAGAGUGGGUCUGUAUUUAAGGGACCCUGUCUGAUACACAUCUUUGGAAGAAAUGGAAGAUUCGUCCCGAGUCUGUGAUGAUCGCGAAUAAUUUGUAUGGACAGCCCAGCACUGAUGCCCUUGUGACAUUCCCAUCUCUACAGUCAGCCAAGCAAGCUGUGCAAGACAGGAACCACUGUCACCUUGGGAGCCACUUUGUGGAUCUUCAGCUGCUGUAGAGAGAAGAUGGGACAGCAUUUGAAAAUCCAGCUGUCUAAAUAAGCUGGCAUUCAGUUCCAUUCCCACAAUUGACAGGCAACUGGAAUAAAAGGGAAGACUGUCCUUGGACAUCCACAAUAACCCAUAAAAUUUUACCUGUAAGUUGGGGCAUCCCCCAUUCUCGCAGCUUUGUGAUGUUUGUAUAUAUGUUCAAAUUUCUACAGAUUUAUGCCAUAUGAGCUUCAUAGUAGCUUUGUUAUGAAUUGCACAGUGUGUUAUUUUAAAAAAAGCAUUAGAAGAAAGUGGCCUGCUAUUAGUUGUUUUCGCAAAUGCAAGGAAUGUGUUUGUUUUUGUUAUUAUAAAUCUUUUGGUUCCUCUUUUUUUUUUUGUUUUAUACACACCUUACACAAGUGCUCAGGAGAGGAUGGUCAGGGAAUGUGGUUAUGACAGAUUUUCGCACGCUGUGAGCACCCAAGGGAGGAGAUCGUGCAUGCCACUGCUUACAGAACUCAAAAGCUGACAAACUGACUACUCCGGACGCACUGAUCGGUUUCUAAUGUUAAGUCUAUACUUCACAACAAGCCGUUCUGAAGUGAUUUCACGUCUUAAAAUUAUGUUGUGACCAGAAAAACUAGCUCUCAGGAAAAAAAAAUUCCCUUCGUAUAUAUACUUGUAUCAUCAUGGACCUCACUCGCUACAAUGUUAACUUUUUCCUUAUUCAGAAAUGUGCUUUAGCCAAUUGUGUGCCAGCCAAAUACAUUGGACAAUCUGAUUGCUGAAAAUGGUACACACUGGAAUUGGUGCCACACUAGUACACACAUUUUUUUUUAAAGAAAAUGAUGCCACAUAGACUGGUGUCUCCUGAAUAGUUCAGCAGGCUGUCGUAUAAAUUUAACUGCAUAUCUUUUUCUAAAGAUUUUAUAGUAUUCGAGUGCUAUACGCACAUCUGAUCUGUUUUCGUGAACAAUUUUAUAAGGAAAAAAAUUGUAUUGCAUGAAGUUAAAACGUAGGUUUGUUGUUUUAGAAUGUUUUAAAAUGUUUACAUUGACUGUCCAGCCUUCGGAGUCCCUGCUUCCCUUCCCCCUCCAGAAAAAAACUCCACUGGCUACAAACUCUUAUAAUACACUGAAUUUUUAUAGCAUGUUACUGAUUCUACUUUUUGCAACACGAACGAGAGAGGUGCUAAAUCUUUAAAUUGAGGUGAAAAGACCAAAUUUAUUUUUUAGUGAUCCUUUUAUUCCUCACAUUCCUUUUGAAUGGACAUGGAGGCUGUGGAAUAGGGUGCAAUAUUGUUCAGAAAUCGUACCCUGUGGUCUCUGGGCCAGACAUCUGGACUUAAUGCUCGAGUAGCUUUUGACUCUCUAAACAACACAGUGUGUUGCAUGUAUUACAGUCUUCAUCUGUUCUAUGCGAUACUGUAUGCAUGUUAAAAGGCUGUUGCCAUCCAGAUAUUCAGGGCUGGAAAGAGAUGUAUCUUUAGAUAGUUUCUUUUGUACAUUGAAAUAGCCAUAUCUAUGUGCAUGACUAGCUUUUUAUUAUAUAUGUUAAUGUUUUUUUAAUGUAUCACAAGUCACCAGUUAAUGGAAUGUAUAGUGAUGCUGCAGUCAGUGUAUUUGAUAGCGGCUCAUUCAUGUUGAAGUAGCAAGAACUGUUACUCCUAGAAAUGUAUAUCUUUAAGCACUAAUAAUGCAUAGAAGUUUAUCACAUGCAACUUGAGCCUCCCUACUGGGAGAAGUCUGCAGAGAUUAGAAGCAAAAAAAGCAGCCAAUAUAAAGUAAACCUUUAACUGAAAUUUGUACAAAUGUAUUUUUGAGAUGUGUAUUGGAUUUAUUGCUUGAAUAAACUAUUGUAAGUGCUCAGUCUGUGCAUUCA